GUGGCGCAUCGUCCACUUGGACCUGCCACAUUGGGUAUCCUGGAGGAGCUGCGUGUGUGUGAAGCGUGCAGCCAUGUCGGACGCGGUGACCAGUUUCCUGAAAGACUUCUUGGCCGGUGGUGUGGCCGCCGCAAUCUCCAAAACAGCCGUGGCACCCAUCGAAAGAGUCAAACUCUUACUGCAGGUCCAGCAUGCCAGUAAGCAGAUCACAGUUGAUAUGCAGUACAAGGGCAUCAUGGACUGCGUGGUGCGGAUCCCAAAGGAACAAGGCUUUCUGUCCUUCUGGAGGGGCAACCUGGCCAACGUGAUCCGAUACUUCCCCACCCAGGCCCUCAACUUCGCCUUCAAAGACAAGUACAAGAAGAUCUUCCUCGGUGGCGUGGACCAGAAAACACAAUUCUGGCGCUACUUUGCCGGCAACCUGGCGUCGGGCGGCGCGGCCGGCGCCACCUCGCUGUGCUUCGUCUAUCCACUGGACUUCGCCAGGACGCGAUUGGCCGCCGACAUUGGCAAGGGCACGGCCGAGAGGGAGUUCACCGGCCUGGGGAAUUGUAUCACGAAGAUCUUCAAUGCGGACGGGCUCAAGGGGCUCUACCAGGGCUUCAACGUGUCCGUGCAGGGCAUCAUCAUCUACAGGGCCGCCUACUUCGGCUGCUUUGACACAGCUAAAGGAAUGCUUCCCGAUCCCAAGAACACACACAUCGUGGUCAGCUGGAUGAUCGCCCAGACGGUGACGGCCGCGGCUGGCAUUGUGUCGUACCCCUUCGACACCGUCAGACGUCGUAUGAUGAUGCAGUCUGGACGCAGAGGAGCUGACAUCAUGUACAAGGGCACAAUCGAUUGCUGGAGGAAGAUCCUCAAGGAUGAAGGUUCCAAAGCUUUCUUCAAGGGCGCUUGGUCCAAUGUGAUCAGAGGGAUGGGCGGAGCUUUUGUGCUGGUGCUAUACGACGAGAUCAAGAAGUACACAUAGGCCAUCGCAGUGCGUCGCCAUGGAUACCCUUCAGGAUGCUCGCUAGUCUUAAGUCAGCUCUUUACAUGUGUGGGAGCAACUAAAAAAAAAAAAAAAAAAAUCCGCAGCCUCAACAUUAGGUACACCUGCAAAAUGCAAUGCUUGAGAUUGAAUUGUGGAGGUGUUCCUAAUUAAGUGGCCAGGGAGUGCCAAGUGUAACCAACGGCUGACAUAAUAAAGAUUUACAGUUUCUCACCA